CACUUUGUAGUAAAUAUUUAUUUUUUUUAAAUGUCUUAGAUAGAAAUCUCAAAAUACACAAAAGAUCUCAAUCAAUACAAAAGGUUUCAUUAUUCACAAUAUCCUAUUGCUUAAAUAUCUUUGCCUCACAAUCAUCUUAUCAUUUGAAGUGAAUACCUCACAAUUGUUUUAUGUUAUUAACAUUGUGUUCUUCUUUUGAUUGGUUGAUACUGAACUUUGUAUUAGCUAUAACAUCCUGAUUUCAGGUAUUAUAAUGAAAGUCGUCUAGUGUUUCUAUCUUUUUUACUGACAAAAUGAAUACGGUCUCUGUGAUAAUUGUGUGCGUGAUUUACGUCUUCUUUCCUUCAGACGCUUUGGAAAAUGAGCAGACUUGUUCCAGAUUUCCAUAUGAGGAACAGAUGUUAGGAAAAGUAAUGAAAGUUGAAGCGAAAAUGGAACAAUGGGACAAAGAGCUGAAACGAUUCGAGGAAGUUAUCCUUUCUGUCUUAGAGCAUCGUCGAGAGGAAACAGAAAGACAACUGGAGAAAUUUUCUGAGGAAAACAAAAACUUACGCGACGAAAUAGUAAAUAAAACUACAGAUGAAGACAUGGGAAAUCCAGUUAUCGCCUUCAAUAGAGAUAUCAGAUGUAUUGAAUGAAGAAAGUCAGUAGAAAAUGCCCUACGGGCCAGUUUGUCAUAUUUCCUCACGUCCUGCGAAAUGAAAAAGAAGGAUAUAAUUCGAAAACUGGAAUGUUUACUGCACCAGUUGCUGGUCUUUAUCUCUUCACAGCACAUGUAUGCAGCCGAGAAAAGAUGCCCAUGUCAAUUUCAAUUAUGCAUGGAGAAAACAAAAUUGCUGUUGGCACAAAAUAUGAGGACAGCAAGAGCAGUUGCUGUUCCCUUAGUGCACUAGCUUUAAUGAAAUCUGGGGAAAUAAUCUCUCCUGUCAUACUUUAUUAUUGUUUUAAUUAUUUUGAGAAAUGUCAAUCAAGAAUUGAUGCAAUGUUAUUUUUAUCUUACUGGAGCUCCGGGGGAUAAAUAGUAUCUACCGUUUGAGCAAAAUAAAAGAUAUCUAUAUUAAGAAUAUUAUCCAGAUAACAUGAUGCAUUAUUAAAUGUAAUAAUAACGUCAGACUGCGUAUCUGAAGAAAGGAUGAUAAUAAAAUGUCUUUCGUUACAACACAAAACAAAUCUGCCGCAAGGGAUGCACUGUAAACUCCUAUGGGAAUACCGAUUACUCGACAGAAAAUCUGACGUAGAUCGUUAUUUUAAAAGAAUAGGCUUUACAACUUUCUGCGCAGGUCCAUAUUACAUGAUUUUAGCAAUGAUACUGGUAAAAUAUGUUUGAAACAGCAUGUGAGAAAUGAAGAAUUUCCCUUCACAGUUUCUUUGCUAUUAAAACAGUUGGUUUAUUUUUAAUUUAAUUAUGUGGUACAGUGGUAUACAAGGUAGAGAUAUCAGAUGUACUGAAUGUAGAAGAUUUGUAAUAAUUAAUUUUAAACUUAUCUAGGAUUUCGCUAGAAUAUUUACGCAGCAAAAUAUAUAUGUUUUUGUAUACUUUAUGAACGCAUUUGCAAUUGUCUAAAUUGUUUUCGUUACUUGUAACAUGUGUUAAUGUUGAGGUCUUCUAAAUCCGGGACUAGAAGGCGUAGAAGGUAGCAUCAUUUCCACUACAGUCAACGAACAGGUUCAAUCAAACCGAGCUUACAAUAUUUCAUAUUUGCUGUGUUCAGCGACCUGUGGUGUUGCCCCAUUUUGUAUUCUAUCAGCCUAUUUCUUCACAUGCAAUAGCGAUGAAAUGGUCUUUAUAUGGAUGAUUCUUUAGUAUAGGAAUCCGAUACAUAGUGGAAAGUUUACCUUGCUGAUCAUUUAAACAAAUGUAGAAAGUAGAAACUUGAAUGAUUUGGUAAAUGACCGAAUGUUAUAUAAUAGAAGGACUCAAUGUGAAAACUCUAUUAAGUUUGUAAUAAUGUUGAUGUCAAAUGAUGAUGAUAGUUUGGCGCAAAGAUUUUAUAUUGUUUAUUUAUAUACUGAUUAGUGUGUAGUAUUUCUAACAUAAGACAUAGCACUGUUUAUACAAAUGUUUAGUUUAUGUGUACAUAUAAACUAUGAGGUAAUUGUUUAUAUGUCAGUCUUAAUGUAUCUUUAAGAAUGUACAUUUAAUAGUAGAGAC